AUGUGUGACCGUUUGGUAGAGGGCAUCAGCAAUCUCAACCUGCAACGCAAGCUACUGGAGAAGAAGGAUUUAACUUUUGUCGAAGCCCGGAAAAUUUGUGAACAGCAUGAUGACUUGAUGAAGGCUACUUCCAGUGAAGCAGUCAUUUUAUUCCAACGGCAGAAGGCUCCACCGAAUCGACCUCCAACGGCCAAAUGUGCAUCAAAGCCGCAUAAAGAUUCCUCGGGUAAUGAAAAACGAAUCAAUCCAUGUUUUUCUUGUGGAGCUCACCACCUACGCUCCAUUUGCCGCUUUCGUAAUGUCAAAUGUCAUGCUUGCGGAAAAAUUAACCACAUGCUGAGACACCUGGUCGUGAAAUGUUCCAAUAAUGCGGGAGAUAUGAACGUACAGCCGACCAAACUGGAAGUUGAUGGUGAGCCCAUUUUCCUGAAACGACGUGUAAUUCCCUACGGCCAACGUGAUGGCGUACUGCAGGCCCUUGAGAAAAUGAAGCGGGAUGGCAAAAUCACACAAGUUACAUCCAAACCUAACACAUUCCUCACGCAUGCGUCCAACGUCGGAAUAGGUGCUGUAUUAGAACAAGAAGGAUGCCCAGUGAUCUGCAUUUCACGUCUACUCAAUGCGGCAGAAAACGGAUACUCACAGACUCAAAGAGAAGCGUUGGCUGUAUUUUGGGCUGUUCAACGAUUGCACAAGUACCUUUUCGGAUUUGCGGUUUACCAUCAUCACUGA